AUUUAUUCAUUUUAUACUGGCUUGCUUAGCUUACCGGAUUAUACAUACACCCACUGCGUCCCCGUGCAACAAAUCCGUAUCAAUAAGACGCUCGACUGAAUAUACUAAUCACAUAAUCAUGCGUAUCUUCUCUGCCUUGAGCAGCCUCCUUCUGGCCGGAGCUGUCGCCGCCCAGAGCUCCGACUGCUCGCCCAAGUCCGGUGAUGUCCAGACUCUCCAGUUCGCCUGGGCUCUCCAGCAUCUGACCGAACGCUUCUGGUCGUCUCAAUCUCUCAACCAGACUUUCCUGAAUAAUGCCACCAACACGUCCACCGCCAACUAUGACGCUAAUUUCAAGGGCAUCACACGAGAGAACCGUCUGGGUAUCCGUGCGGUGCAGCAGGUUGCCAGCGGCCUCUCCAACUUCACCACUCCUCGUUGCAACUUGACCAUCCCGCAAGCCAGGGAUGCCGAUAGCUUCCUCAAGAACGCCCUGCAGGUUGAGCAGACCGUCGCCGGCGGCCUCAUCGGCCUAGCCGCCUACACCCAGUCUCCUGAGGUCUCCUUCCUCCUGGCCCGUCUGGCUGCCCAGCACAGUGCCCAAGCCGCCUACCUCGGCUCUGAGCAGAAUUCCACCUUCUUCCCCUCGAACAGCACCUCUUUGGUUCCCGCCUACACCCCCGACCAGAUCCUCAAGGCCGGCAACCAGACCGGCCUGCUGGGUACCUUGCUCAGCAAUUGCGUGACUGCGCCCUCCGGCCCCUGCGGCCAGAAGGUCAACAUCGGGCCCUUGGUCGCAACUCUGAACUCCACGAGCACUAGCGGUGGCAGUUCUAGCUCUGCUUCCCCUUCCAGCAGCGCUACAGGCACCGCUACCGUGACAUCCGCUAGUACAUCCUCGACCAGCACGUCGACGGCCAGAAGCAGGAAGUACUUCUAAGCUUCGGAGUCGAAGCAAAUACCAAGUAUAUCGACAAAUCAACAGAGACCGAACAAUACAAUCCGCCCAAGAUAUACUUCGCAACUUGGAUUGGUAAAGAGAUUGAGACUUGUGAUGACCACAAUUCAUGUAUCAACCACGUUCUGUAAUCAUCUAAUUUAUGUCCCAGUGCGUGGGGUAAUGUAAUGCGUCAAGUUAGGAUAGGUUCUGUGCUAUAGUUGGGUUAUAUAAUAGCUUACAGUUUCUUGAUCUAUAGGUCAGAAACUCAAUAUGUUUAUAUCGAAAGAGAGUAACCUGUUCUGACCAUGCUCACUCGCUGUUAACCAAUUGGGCAACUAAAUGGAAGUAAAAGACAGUGCGUUAUGUAUCUUAUGAUAGAGUGCGAUAUUUUUAAGAUGGCGACCUGGUUAUCUUAGGCGUGGAAAUCGCGGAGCGGAUAGGAAACCUGUGGUCAUACAUGUAUUCUUAAUAGAAAGUGCUUACACAGCACCUAUCCUGUAGUAAAUUUUGUACAAGGCUAA